GUUGCCUCGCCUCGCCUCACCUCGCCGCUGCCUCGCCUCCGCCCACCACCAUCCCUACACCCGCCGGCAAGCUCGUCGUCGCUGCGCCGCCCACUGCGCCCCGGCGCGCAGUCCUCGCCCCCACUGCCCGCCGCGCCGAGCGCCGCGCCGCUCCCGCUGCUGCGCACAGCUCGCCGCGGCAUCGCGCUGCGCACCCCCACACGACCUCGCCGGCAAUCGCAGCGCUCACCCACGGCGGCGUCUCGCCCUCUCACUCCCAUCGCAGCCGCAGCGCGUGACGCCCUAGCAUCGCUGGCAGCGUUGCUCGCUACGCACGUCGCUCGCCCGCCGCUCCACAUCCUUAUCGGGCGCGACCGAGUGCGACGCACGGCGACGCUCGGCCUGGCCCUGACGGGGCACGCACCUGCUCGCCUCGCACCGCCGCCGCAGCCGCCAUGUCGACGCCGCUGAGCUCGUCGACGGCGCACGUCGUCGGGCCGUACGAGAUCGGGCGUGAGAUCGGCAAGGGCUCCUUUGCCGUCGUGCACCGCGGCGUCUCGCACGUCACGCAGCCCGGCAGUCCCGGCUACGGCGUCAAGCACGUCGCCAUCAAGAUCGUGAACCGCAAGAAGCUCACGACGAAGCUGCUCGAGAAUCUCGAGGGCGAGAUCUCCAUCAUGCGCACCAUCCGCCACCGCCACGUCGUCGAGCUGCUCGACUGCCUCAGCACCGACGACCGCAUCUACCUCGUCAUGCCCUUCUGCGCGUCGGGCGACCUCUCGCACUACAUCCGCGCUGCACCGCGGCUAGCGGCCGAGGCAGCGGCAGGCCGGGCGGGCUCGACCACCGACGUGGCUGCCAAGAGCGGUGAGCUGGUCGGCGCCUCGGCCUUUCCGCACUUUGAGGACGGCGGCAUCAACGAGACGGUGGUGCGCAGCUUCCUGCAGCAGCUCGCGAGCGCCAUGGAGUUCAUGCGCGACCGCAACAUCGUGCACCGCGACAUCAAGCCGCAGAACCUGCUGCUUCAGCCGCCAGACGAGAAGCUCCUGGCGGCAGGGCAUCGCGUCGGGAUACCGCAGCUGAAGGUGGCAGACUUUGGCUUUGCCCGCAACCUGCCAACAGCCACGCUCGCCGAGACGCUCUGCGGCAGUCCCCUCUACAUGGCACCUGAGAUCUUGCGCUAUGAGAAGUACGACGCCAAGGCGGAUCUCUGGUCCGUGGGCGCGGUGCUGUACGAGAUGAGCGUGGGCAAGCCGCCGUUCCGCGCGCAGAACCACGUCGAGCUGCUGCGCAAGAUCGAGCGCGGCGAGGACCGGAUACGCUUCCCCGACGAGCGCAGCGAGGGCAGUCUGGCGCGCGAGCGCGAGCGCCGCGAGGAGAUGCUCGACUACACCGAGAUCAAGAAGGCGCACACCGUCAGUGCCGACAUUAAGGCGCUGGUGCGCGGCUUGCUGCGCCAGAAGCCGAUGGAGCGCAUGACCUUCGAUGGCCUCUUCCGCUGCGGUGUCGUCGAGGACGUGCGCCGCGAGGAAGACGAGCGAGCGGCAGGCCUGCGUGCCGCGGCCGAAGAGGCGAGCGCGCAGGCGGCCCGUGCAGAGGAGCGCAAGGCCGCAGCGCCCACCUACACGCCCCUGUCGCCGAUCUCGCCACGCUCCACUGUCGCUCAGCCUGCGCCGAGCGAGCAGUCGCUUCCCGCGCCACCCCCGCCGCCCGUCAAGCGCGGCUUCGCCAGUCGCUACGUCGUCGGCAACGUCAGCGCGCCGGCCGCCUCGGCGCCUCCUGUCGCAAGCCCGUCUCCGCCGGCUCAGCCAGCGGCAGUAGCUGUCCCUGCUCCGGCGCUCGCGCGCGAUCGCACGCGCCCUGUCCAACAGAGUCCACGGCGUCGCCCGAGCUCUGCUACCACGCAAGACGGGCCCUCGUCGGUCGAAGACGAUGUGCUCGAGACGCCCAGUUCCAGCGUGACACAUCUGCCAGGAGCUGUCCUCGGCGCAGGAGACGUCCAAAGCGUCGCUGCGCCGGCUGCCGACUCUGACAGCUUCCUCGGACGCGAGUACGUCAUGGUCGAGAAGCGCAGCGUCGAGGUCAAUGCGCUCGCCGAUGAGCUCGCCGGGGGUGCAGCGCGCGCAAGCCCCCGCUCGCCGCCCGCCACGCUCGGUCGCCGCCCAAGCCGUCUCAGCCGACUUGGCAGCGGUCUGGCAGCGCAGCUCUCUCCCGCGACCGUGGGCAUUCCGCCCGGUCCGGCCACGUACGUGCCGCCAGUUGCUAUGCAUUCGCGAGCUGCUUCGAGCCCAAGCAGCACACCCAAGAUAGGAACGCCGCCGCCGUCUGCUCCGUUUGCGCUUCCGGCGGGCGUAGCGCGUCGGCCGUCGUUCGUGCGGCGCUCUAGCUUGAGCUCUUCGAACGCGCCGAGUCCACGCAUCUCCGCACCUUCGCCGCCGGCCGGCACCAGCGGCAGUCCCUCGUCGCCGAUCGACGCCAGCACUGCUCCUCGCUCGUACGGCUCGAUGCGCGGAAGCAACGCAGCAGGCGGCUCGGCGCUCGACGCUUCGCCCUCGCCGCCUGCUCACGACCUUGCUGCAGCUACCGCGGCCGCUUCCGGCGUCGCGUGGUCCGCGGCUGGUCCGACAAGCUCAGCUCUCGCUCGGGCAAUCAGCAUGGCCAGCGUGCGACUCUUUGGCGUGCCGAGCGGCAUGAGCCUGCGCGGCGCGGCUGCUCUGGUGCGCAGCCGCUCCAGCCGUCGCGCUGCGCUUAUCCGCUCCGGCGAGUACCCGGAUGCCGCUGAGGCUGGACUGCUCGUCACGCUAGAGGACUUCGGACAGAAGGCCUUUGUCCUCUCCGAGUUCGCCGACUCGCGUCUCGCAGCGUACUUCCAUACUGGGCCGCACCAGGCCGGCGCCACCACGCCAGAGCUGGAGGCAUCAGUCGCCGUUGGCGGUCGCAGCCUGGGCCGAAGUGCCGGCAUGGACAGCCCUGCUGGCGAACGACCUGGCGCACAGCCUCGCACCAGCUCGAGCUCGAGCUCCGUGUCGGCCGGCAUGCACGCGGACGAGAGUGUUCACGUUACGUCGGGACCUGCAGAGGUUGCUGCCGCCGAGGCGCUGCUGCUCUACGUCAAGAGCUUGACCUUCCUGCAGCGCGGCAUCGACGCAGUCAAGAUCUUCCUCGAGGCGCGCUCGCGGCCCGGCCUGCCUGCCGCGGCCAGCGCCGACGUCAACGACGUGGUGCAGUGGCUGCGUGCACGCUUCAACGAAGGCUACGAGCGCGCCGACUUUGCUCGUGCACGCUGCGGCGAGAUCCCAGAGUCUGCGCAGCAUGUGGACAAGCUCAUCUUCGACAAGGCCCUCGAGAUCGCCCGCGGCGCUGCCCUCGACGAGCUGGAGAACAACCGUGUCGGCGUCAGCUGGGACGCCAACCGCUGCCUGCUCGCCUACGAGACUGCCUCGUCGAUGCUCCUCGCGCUGCUCGACCCUGGCGAGGAGGCCAUGGACGUGAGCGACGGCGCCGCCGCGACGAUCGAGAAGUUCGUCAAGUCGAUCAAUAAGCGCCUGAGCGCGCUGCAGCGCCGCGUCGGCUCGCAAGACGCCGGAUCUGUCUAGACGGCAAGCCACACCAGUAUAUCCCGCCCUUUCUCGACCUCAGAGGCCUGCCCUUGGCGUCCCUCGACGUCCUUCAGGCAACCCUUCCUGUACCAUCUUCCCGCUCGCUCGCAUCUCAUCCGACCAGUCCGCGCCGCACCUCAUCAGCUACACACCAUUCCCGGCCCGCGUGCGGGCCACCCAGACACGCCGUGCCACCACUCCCACCUCGCUCCCGUCAUGCUUCAACGUCCCUCAUCGACCCUCUAGUUCGCAAUCCCGCUAUCCCGCUCCCGCUGUACCAUGACACCACCCGCCGCGCCGCCUCCCCCGGAACGCCGCCAGAUCUUACUUGC